AUGGCAUGCCCACUCAGCCCUCAGUUUACUGCCAGGCACCAAGGUGACCAGCCGAGUUCAAGCGCCCUGGAUCUGUACUUUGAAUGCAAAAACUUGAAGGACAAAGACAUCCUGAGCAAAUCUGAUCCUUGUGUAGUUCUACACAUGUCCAACAGAGCUGGGCGUCUUGAAGAGGUUGGCAGAACCGAGAUUUUGACCAACACACUAAACCCAACAUUCGCCAGGCCGAUCAGAGUUCGGUACAACUUUGGGGACGUCCAGCGAGUGGUCAUCAAAGUCUACGAUGUGGACAAGAUUUCCGAGCUGCCCAAAGAGGAAGAUCUGCUGGGUCAAAUGGAAUGUACUCUCGGCCAGAUUGUUGCAAACCGACCUUACGUUAAGCCGCUGCUUGCUAAGAAUAACAAGGAAUCAGGAAGUAUUUCUAUUCGAGCUAUUGAGGCAGACGAAGAAUCCGACACAGUUCGCUUGUCUUUCUGGGCAAAGAAUUUAGAUAAAAAGGAUGUUCUGUCCCAGUCGGAUCCAUUUCUGGAGAUUUACAAGCAAGUCCCAGGUUCCAACUGGCAGUUGAUUCAUCGCACAGAGGUAAUCAAAGAUAGCCGGAACCCAAAGUGGAAGCCGAUCACUCUCUCAGUACAGAACCUGUGUGAUGGGGACAGAAGUAAACAUAUCAAGAUUGACUGCUAUGACCAUGACGACAAUGGCAAACAUGACUUCAUUGGCGGAUUCACAACAACCUUGACAGAGUUGAUGAAACCUUCAAGUGCAAAGUCCGGGUUUGCUUGCAUAAACCCUGCCUUGACGAAGAAGAAGGACUACAAGAACUCUGGAGCAGUGUAUAAAUCGAAAAGGGAACGAACAUUUCUGGAUUUCGUUUUUGAAGGCCUUAAAAUCAACUUUACCGUUGCCAUAGACUUCACACAGUCAAACGGUGACCCUCGAAACAGGGACUCACUUCACUACUACAGUCAGUCAGUUGCCAAUGAAUACAUGCAAGCCAUUCGUUCUGUGGGAAGCAUCAUCCAGGACUACGAUGCGGAUAAACUGUUUCCCGCUUUUGGGUUUGGCGCCAAGGUACUUCCAUCAUGCGAUGUGUCACAUGACUUUCCACUUAACUUCAAUGAAAACAAUCCUAACUGUGCAGGGAUCGAGGGAGUACUGGACGCAUACGUCAAAUGUUUCCAAAGAAUCGAACUCUCUGGCCCAACAAUUGUGGCCCCAGUUAUUAACCACGUGGCCCACUGGGCUAGUGCAGCGCAGCACAAGGAACCCACCAGCGGAGCACACGCUUACCAGAUCCUACUGUUGCUGACUGAUGGGAUAUUCAACGACAUGCCGGAGACCAAGAAGGCAGUCAUCCAUGCCAGCGGCCUGCCCAUGUCCAUCAUCAUCGUCGGCGUCGGUGCUUCUGAUUUCACCGAAAUGAGAGAGCUGAGUGGAGACAGGGGCCUUUUGUCUCUGCCCUCAGGGGAAACCGCCAAGAGGGACAUUGUUGAGUUUGUCCCUUUCCGCAAUUUCAAAACGCGUCCCAUAGAAGACCUGGCCAGAUAUGUCCUGGAUAAGAUUCCCCGCCAAGUUACUGACUACUACAAAAUGAGGGGACUGCAUCCUUUAACACAAAGAUAG